UGCAACGUAAUUAAACUCACACACACGAAAAAAACAACAAGAAUAUAGUGUUAUAGUUUCAAUUGUAAUAUUCGGCUUUAUUUUUUUAAUUUAUAUAUCGUCUUACUGCCCAAUUUUGGGUCAUAUGUUCAUUUGUAACAAUACAUUUGUAACAAUAUUUGAGACAACUGGUUAUAAACCGCAGGAAUUUUUACCUGCCAUAUUCCAGAGGAUGUUUUACAUAACUAGAUUUUAUGGGGGAGGGGGUUGAGUGAUUUUUAUUAAAAACAAAAACAGAAGUUGAUAUCUAAAUCUUGCAUCAAAUUGCAAUAUUACAUUUAAUACAUAUUUUAUAACAUUUUAUCCAAAUAGAUCUACCAGGGGGUUGUUAUCAUCCCUUAGAAACACUUUCUGGGUCCGCCCAUGAAUAUAUGUGCUUACGCAUAUGUACAUAAAAUAUGCAUUUGUCGAUAUUACGGAAUAACCGAGUUGUCAAUAUUACGGAAUUGCUGUGGGAUAAUCGUCGAUAUUAGUAAGGGUUAUAUGCUCGUAUCAAAAAUCUUCGCAAUGUUGAGAUUGUAUAAUGCAAGACAUGUUGCCUUGGUUACGAGAUCAAGUAAACGGAGUUCUAUCAUUCUAGAAAGUGAUUUUAGAAACAUAGAAAGAGUUUCGUGUUGCCGUUAUACAAAAAGCGCAAACACUACUAGCACAAGUAACAAUGAGAACAAAGGCCCUGAAACUAACCGGCUUUCCCUGGAGAACUUACCAGUAUAAUUACCAAUAUCUCCAAACAGUAACCGACUACAUCAACUAACUGGCUUUCCCUGGAGAACUUACCAGUAUAAUUACCAGUAUUUUCAAACAGUAACUGACUACAUCAACUAACUGGCUUUCCCUGGAGACCUUACCAGUAUAAUUACCAGUAUUUUCAAACAGUAACAGACUACAUAAUUUCUGAAUCAGUGGAGAGAGACAAAUGACCGUAUGUGAUUGAUUAAAAUGAAAGGGUUUUACUAACCAUGACAUAGGAACACACUCGAAAAUGACCCGAGCAUGCAACAAUGUCACUUUUGCCGGUUUUUUUGCCGUUCCUUAAUAUUUCUUUUUUAAUCUCUAUUCGGAUAUGCUGUCUGUCUAUAACAUAAGUUUUUACACUGUUUAAGCAUAUAAUUAAAUCAUCACAAUAUUCAAAUUAUCAAGUAUGUCAGGAAGUCGAUGGUAUUAAAACAUGCAACAACAAAUGCAGUCCAAACAUAUUUAAAUUCAGCCUACAACAAUUUUAAUUUUGUCUUUCUUCAGGUCAUUUAUUAGUUUCCCAUUUCACUAUUUCAUCUUAUGGUGACUAAAAGGAUAAAAGACGGAGGGCUGUGGUAGAGCAAUAAGUAAUGUUACAACAUAAAUACAAUUAAGAUAAUUCUUGAACUCAUAAGUCAAAUAACCAAAAUAGAAUAGGUUAUUUUAUUAGAUCAAAGUGUCAGAAAGAAUUCAGAAACUUGUAUUUUCUUCCACCGUCCAUGGACAGAUUAAAAUUGACACAAAGCCUGUAAAAUAUUCAAUUUGUCCAUGUUUGGCGUUCAUUAAGGUUUGGCAUUUAUCUAGUUUAGUCAGUGAUAAUAGAUGCUUUAGCUGUAAAGUGAAGUAGUAAUAAUUAUAAUGGUUUAUGUUUCAUAAAGUAUGUAAUAAAAGAGAAACCUUUUCAGGACUUUUCUGUAAAUGAUAUUGAGAAUGCGUGUAUAAACUUAAUUGGUCCUUUCUGUAGUACUGACUUUAAGUCUAUAUAUUAUGGUCCCUAAGUGGACAUAAGCUACAAGAAUAAUUAGAUCAGUUAUAUCUGGUAUUGAAAUGUCUAUUUAGGUAAUAAAUAAUUCAUUGCUAAUAAAAUUUGCACAAAUUGUCACAAAGGUUAUCAAAAUGGCAAACAUUUAAUUCUUUUCCUUACUUACAGUUGGUUUAUAAAUAACAAACAUUUAUUUUUUAUGGUCAAAAUUUAGGAUGAUACACAUAGACUUAAGGACAUGAUCCAACUCUGUAACUCAUGAGGGCAAAAUCUAGAUUGACAUUCAUACAUACAAUCUAAUUCAUGACCCCAGACAUGUAUUUAUAAAUGGGUGUGCUUGAUUUUAUUUAAGUUUUGAAAAAUGAUAUUUAAAAAAAAAAUAGAUUCAAACAAGCACUUAUUCCAUAAAAUUUCUGAAUGAUCAUUUUCAAAAUUUCAUGACAAUGUACGUAUUGUCUAAUGGAUUUUUUUUGCUGCAAUUAAAAAAUAAAAUUUACACAUUAACUGUUUAGUAUUUAUAUGAUGAUAAUUUAUG